AUGGAAGAGGCAAGGCUGCGCCCCAUCCUCGCGGGUUCAUAUGUCAUCGACAGGACAAGGAUAGCCACGGCAGUUCGGCCACAGCUCAACGACCCGACGACCUGGCCUUUGCUCACAGUUUGGCUCAAUGAUUUGUUUACAAGAAACGAAACCGGCAUCGCGCUUGGAUACUUCCAGCUUUCUGGUGGUGAGACUGAUGGCACCGGCGAGGAUGCUGGUGGUGGCGGGGAUGACUCCGCAACCGGCAUCCAAUGCGCCGACGCUGGAUUUCGCACCGAUGACUUGCAAGUCUUCCAAACAGGAAUCGACGAGAUCACGAAUGCCAGCCGUACGACUGGACUUGUCCUCAUCAAAAGCCAAAUGAAGUGUGCUCAGUGGAAAAUCAAGCCCAAGGAAAGGUACGAGGGGGGCUUCAACAAUAUCAAAACUAAGAACCCAAUACUCGUCUUCACCCACUCUUUAGAUGGGUCAACCUCACACCUGUCGGCAGAAAAUGUUACUGCAAGCUUUGAUGGUAGCGUUCUGUUGAAAUCCAACGGCUAUGGGCAUGGUUGGAGAGCUCAGCCGUCAGUUUGCACUGCAAAGGCCAUGCAGAAGUACUUCGAUCAGGGAGAACUUCCGGACCGUGACACCGUAUGCGAUGUCGACGUUACACCGUUCAAAAACGUCACAGAUGUGAUGGUGUCGUGGAACCAGUUGCUGCCCCAGAUUGGCUUCGAAUCGGAGUAA